UUUACAUAGCUAGUUUUCCUUUUACUGCUUCAAGGCCAGGGACUAUGUCAUUCAUUUUUAUGUCCCUAGGGCUUAGCUGACAAACAGCUGGGACUCAAAACAGUUUGCUAAGUGAAUGAAUGAAUCAGUCCACCUCUCUUCAGUGCUGCACAACACAGCAGAAAACCAGCUCAGAUAUAGGUUGAAAGGCCACAGGCUUCUACUUAAGAGGGCUCAGCUUUCCUAAUUCUUGAGAGACCCUUGGACAUGUCAGGGUGUAUUCUGGAGUACUGGCAUCUAGAAGAGGGGGAGGAAGGCCCAAACACUGUAAGUAAUCUAGGCUUGGGUUGGAAAACAAGGUUGAAGUUACUCAUUAGCAGGUGAAAGGGUCAAGGGUCAAGGCAAGGGGGCUGGAAGCUGAGUGGACUGAGUAACUAGCAGGGGGAGAGAGCAGUUAAGGCACCAGCCACUUCACGAAGAGCACCAGCUCCCUCCUGCCUGAAGAUGUUCUACCAAAUAUGGGCAGCUCUAUUCUACCUCUAUGGUAUUCUCCUUAACUCCAUCUACCAGUGCCCUGAGUUCAGUCAACUGACAACUCAGGGAGUGGAUGGGAAAGAGUUCCCAGAGCCACACCUGGGCCGGUGGUACUUUAUCGCAGGGGCAGCUCCCACCAAGGAGGAAUUGGCGACUUUUGACCCUGUGGACAACAUUGUUUUCAACAUGGCUUCAGGCUCUGCCCCCACACAGCUCCAGCUUCGUGCUACCAUCCGCACGAAAAAUGGGCUCUGUGUGCCCCGGAAAUGGAUCUACCACCUGACUGAGGGGAGCACAGAUCUCAGAACUGAAGAUCGCUCACCACACCCUCCUGAGAAAUGUGUGGAGGAAUUUCAGUCCCUGACCUCCUGUUUGGACUCCAAAGCCUUCUUACUGACUCCCAGGAAUCAAGAGGCCUGUGCGCUGUCCAGUGACUGACCUGUGGCUUCAUCUGUGCCCCAGACGGAUAUGGUGGGAGCUGCAGUUGUGCUGCAGGGAGAAGCUGGAGACUCCCAGCUCCCUUUCAAGAGUAAUAAAGAUGGUUUUUCAAUCCUCA